AUGACUUCGAUCCAGCUGCCUCCGUUGACCUUCGACGAGGGCGGCUUCCGCGUCUCAGUUAUUGCCAAUGGUCCCUCUCGCGACAGCACCAACGUCGCCAAAUCCCACACCCAGUCCCAGCACAACACGAUCCGUGAAGCCCCGGAACCUGACGACGAUGACUCUGCAGCCAUGCAACAAAUAAACCAAGCACCGGACGACCCUCCUAUCCCCGAACACCCGAUACCGUCCAUGCAAGAUGCCUUCGCCGAAUCUUUACUUGAAUCUACCCGGGGGGGCUCUGGCAAGCCCAAGCCCAAGCUGCGCGGGCCUGAUGGUUCUGAUACACAGAAUGCACAGAAGCGCUACGAUCGUCUCAUGGGGGAGAAAAAUGAGGGUCUCGAGGACGCAGAUCUAUGGCGACGCCGAGACGGACAAGAACAACACGAAAUCCUUAAAUUAGUGUCCCAGAUUGCCUUUGGCGUAUAUCUAUUACUUAACGGAAUGGCCAACGACAACAACCAAGUCAUCAAUAUAUUGCAAGGACAUAUUGACGAAGUUGACGAAUUCCUCGAAGUCACACUGGAUGAUCUUUCCUAUUCAAUUACAGAUUUGGAAUCUCGUAUCGACCACCUUAGAGUCCCAUUGGCCAAUCUACAGGUCUUUGAAGAGAUGCUCGAAAGUCGGAGUUAUCGUGCUGAGCUGCUGGAGGGAAACGAAAAACUGGAGCACAUCAUUGCUAGGAGUAGCGCCAUGAUCGAGGUAUGGGGCGGUGAUGUAAAAGCUGGGAAAGAGUGUACGAGCUCAUUUACAGAGUGGCUUAGCUCUCUCAAGGAGAGCAUAUGGCAAAACGACAACGAGGAUAUUGUCGAUAUUUUCCAUGCGAUGAGGGGGAAUGGAGACGGCUGGCUCAGCGCUUUCGGGGAAAUGGAAGGUCGGGUCGAGGUAAUCAAAAACCUUGUGGCCGAACUGUCUGGGUUGACGGCAGAAAUGGAGAAGAAAGCUGGUGAAGUUAGUCGGAAGACCUGGUCUGCGAUCCCUCCAUUCUCGUCUCCCGUGGCGACUAGCCCUGUCACCAGCAUUCCAAGUCUCAAAGAUAGAUCUUCCAUGUCAUUAGUUCCCUCCAUUAUUUCUAUCCCCAAAUCAGCCAGGCGAGCAAGCAUCAAGAGUGGUUCAGGUUCGGGCCCAACAUUGCGAGCCACCUCGGUGGAAGAGGAGGUGAAGGAUGAGGUGAAAGAAGAGGUGAAAGACGAGGUGAACGUUGAGGUGAAACUCGAAAUUCAGGAUGAGGUGAAGGCCGAAAUGAAGAAGGAUGGAGUGCCACAGAAAAUUGAGGAAGAGGAAGAGGAAGAAGAUGACGACGACAUCGACUUCGAUGACGGCCUCAGCAAUUUCCCAGUCCCUGGCGCGCUUCCUCUGCUCCCUCCAAUGAUGAUUUCCAAGUCAACGCCGAAGAAGCCGCCGAUCAACCCGCCGACACUCCACAUGGAUACAGAGUCCAAGUUCAUCGUACUGGACGCUACGAUAAUGGACGAAAAGUUGCCUGUCGAACCCGAACCUCAACCUGAGCCCGAGACAGAAGAGCUGUAUUUACUCCAACCUCGAACCUAUACGCCCCAGCCGCCUGAGCCUCUACCCUCCCCUAUGGUUAGAGAUAUCGUCAGAGAUAAUCCGCCUUCACCAUCUGAUGGAUCUUCCGAUUCCGGCUCACCCUUGCAAUUUGGCAUGCCUUUCCUUCCUGUGCGAAGUUCUCUGCGGAACAGCGAAGCAAGUGUGAAUACCUCCCGAGACCGCAGGCCUCACGACUCCUACGGCUCGGCAAACGGACGACCUUCAAUGCCUCAUGAUUCAUACAGCUCAGCCAACGGACGGCCUUCAAUGCCUCAUGAUUCAUACGGCUCAGCCAACGGACGACCUUCUAUUCCAACGCCCCGAAAUCUUGACGUCUCAGGUCGGGGAUCUGCUUCAUCUGCCGAGGCCGAUGCCUACCGUCAGCAUUACCUGACUCGAAUUGGCUCACAAACUGAACUUCGACCUCAAGUGGUGCAAGCGAGAAGCUCUGAGCUUAGACAGUACCACCCAGUUCUUGCGUCUCCCCACUCUCCACUACAGCAGCGGCCACAUACCGCAGCAGGACCUCCUGGAGGCCAUCCUCAGACCUUCAGGAGACCAUCCGACUCCAUGCCACCACCGAUUCGUCCCAACGCAGCCCGUGUCACCACUAUGAGUUCAGCGCCCGGGCAUUAUGGAGACCGCGGGAAUUACCAUGACAGUGGGCAUUAUGGAGGAUCGCAGUAUGGGGCUCCUAGCAUGCGCACGGUCACACAUUCCACACGAACAACGCGGACAACGACGAAUCAGACAUUGAAGAAGAAAAAGAGUGCAUUUGGCUGGCUUAAGAAAGCCUUUACCAUGGACGAUGAGGAGCGGGCAGCCUUUGAAGCCCGGAAAACUGUGCAAUAUUCCGAGAAUUAUUAUAAAGACAAGAACCCCAAGUUCUUGGAUGGAAAACGGAUGAGGUAG